UUAUAAAAUUCAUAUAGGCAAAGCGAAUAAACUCCGGGAUCGCUUAAGCUUAGAACCCUAUUUUGCUCGAAUUUACGCCCGCCGAGCUCCACCACCGCUUACAUGGUGGACGAAUGCUGCAGAACACCUUGACUCCACAGUUCACGCCAUCGUCUUCCUCUACGUCAAUACGUAAUGCUUCCAGCAAUUCGAGGCCUCCUUCAUUUCCGUCCCUUGCGCAACCUCCACACCCCGAUUCCUUGGGUUUCCUCUUCGACACCUUUCCGAAUCUUUUCCUCAGGUUCAGGCGCCGGAGGAAGAAAAGAUGAUUCCUGGGACAAGUCCUGGAAUUCCUCCGGCCAGACCCCUUCGGAAGGUGGUUCGGAUCCUCCGUCCAGCUUCGACUGGGAUGAGGCAUCCUCCUGGUCGACUGGCCUGACUAAGGAUCAUUUCGAUGGUGAAGCUGUCGGACGUCAACUCGUCCCCGGGCAAUCUCCGCCUCAGACGAAGAAAUCAACGGUGAUGGAGGAAGCUGCGCGGAUGGACGACUUGGACGAGAUUCUGAGGAUGGUGGAGAAGGACAAUAGGAAGGAUAAGGCUUUCGUGGACGGUUGGAAGGAUCGUAUGAUAGAGACUUGUCAACUGCUGAAGCAAGUGAGGGAACCCGGGGUGAGGGGAUCGUAUUUGAAAGAUUCGGAGAAGAAUGAAAUGUACAAGCUUCAUAAGGAGAAUCCGGAGGUAUAUAAUAUCGAGAGGCUGGCGAAGGAUUUCAGGAUUAUGAGGCAGAGGGUCCAUGCUAUUUUGUGGUUGAAAGAAACGGAGGAAGAGGAGGAGAAGAAACUUGGUCGGCCACUUGAUGACUCCGUGGAAAUCCUUCUCGACAACUUUCCAGAAUUUUUCACUUCCCAUGACAGAGAAUUCCAUGUUGCCCGUCUUCCUUACAAACCUGAUUUCAAAGUGAUGCCAGAGGACUGGGAUGGGACAACCAGAGAUCCUGACGAGGUUCAUUAUGAGAUAUCUGUCAAGGAAGACCAAAUGUUAUAUGAAGAUUUUGUUCAGCGACUGAACUUCAACAAAAAGAAAGUUGCGGGCGAGGUUAAAUGCCACAAGUAUAGCAGAAGGCGGGCGCCGGACGGUUGGAACUUCACCAUAGAGAAACUUGGAUCCAAGGGAAAGCGAGGAGCAGGCGGCGGCUGGAAGUUCGUAAGCUUGCCAGAUGGAUCUAGCCGUGCAUUGAACGAAAUGGAGAAGAUGUAUGUAAAGAGAGAGACCCCUAAGCGCCGAAGAAGAAUCAUUGCACCAUAUAAGUAAAACUCGGCACUUUUUUUGUUUGUUAUGCAAUUGAUAGCUUUAAUUUUCUGCCAAAUUUCAGAGAGCAGCACAUUAGCAUUUGCUUGAAGACCAACAACAGUUGGCUUAAAUGUGUCUUGGUGUCUUCUUUCAUCAGUGCUGUUGUAAUCAGAGGUUUUUGUAAGACAAUGUAAGUCCAGUGAGUUUCUUCUGACUCAUGAAUAAAACGUAGGCUGGAUUUUAAAAAGAUCAUUUUUAAAGUCAUUUUAGGGCUCUUUGUACACGUCAAUGUAUUCAUUUGUCGUAUUAUUAUAUUACAUGCUGAUGUUUAACAUUAUUUUAAUUCUUUUCUGCUUCACAUUUUGGCUAUAUUCAGUUAUAUUUUAUGGAAUGCUUUUGUUGAA